AUUGGGUAGCGGGCCGCGUUUCUAAUUUUUAACGUUUUAUCCCGACACAGAUGGAACUUUAUCGGGGCUUUACGUUGCUUAAUUUGUCUUCCUGAAAGCGGUCUGUGUUUGAGCUCCGAAUUUGAAUCGUAACGUUAGUUUGAGGCACAUGAAGAGAGACCGGUGGAAGACAAUACGGUUGAUGUGUGUGCGGUGUUAGCUAGCAGCAGCUUUACCACCACUACUAGCCAGGUUAUUGUGUUAAUGUGUGUCGAAGGGAGACGGCUUAACCGGGAUUAAAUCAGAGUGCGAAGUCGGUCGGUCCUUUUUGGAGCAGCUGAGGUUUUGCACCACUGAAUGCCAUCGCUUCCGAGGAUGAGGAGGGUAUUUUGGGCUUAAAUGUGAACUUCAGUUGGUAAUUUGUCAGCUGUCAAAGGGCAAACACGCACAGGCCACAGGAAAGUCUCGGCUCGGCCGUAAUAGGGCAUAUUUUACAGUGUAUGUGUGGCAACAACAUGUCUGUGCCGCUGCUCGCCGAGGCCGUGACAGUGUCUGGGGUGGAGAAGGAGACCGCAGCGGUGAUCUUCCUUCACGGGUUGGGAGACUCAGGGCAUGGGUGGGCCGACACUUUGUCAGGGAUCCAGCUCCCUCAUGUUAAGUUCAUCUGCCCCCACGCACCCCAAAUCCCCGUCACUCUCAACAUGAAGAUGGUGAUGCCCGCAUGGUUUGACCUCAUGGGUCUCAGCCCUGACUCCCCAGAGGACGAAUCCGGAAUCAAGAAGGCAGCAGAAAACAUCAAGGCCAUAAUCGAACAUGAGGCAAAAAAUGGGAUCCCACCACACCGUAUAAUCCUUGGUGGCUUCUCUCAGGGUGGGGCCUUGUCCUUGUAUACUGCCUUGACCUCCCAGCAUCAGUUGGCUGGUGUUGUGGCCCUCAGCUGCUGGCUGCCGCUUCACAAGAGUUUCCCAUCGGCAUCAGGCGGCAGCAAGAACCUCCCAAUCCUGCAGUGCCACGGUCAGAUGGAUGUCAUGAUCCCUGUGCAGUUUGGUGCCAUGACGGCAGAAAGACUCAAAUCCAUGGUUAACCCUCAGAUGAUCACCUUCAAAACCUACCCAGGGCUCUCUCAUAGCUCCUGUCCUCAGGAGAUGGCGGCUGUAAAGGAAUUUAUUGAGAAGUAUUUGCCCCGAAUCUGACCUCACCUGUUCCCCACUGUGACCCCCACCCCCCGAGACACUGACCUCUCACCCUGAUCUGCCAUUCUCCCACAGGAAACAGCCAUGAACACCCUCUCUUCCACACAUGCCCAUAAGAUAACAUGCAUGAGCACACACACAUACACACAAAUUUAACAAUGAUUUGAUCCGCACUGCCACCGCAUGUGCCGCUGCACAUCUGCUUCAGUCCAACAACACUCCUACUGAGAACAAAUUUGUCAAACACACUGAUUUGGUAAAAACAUAACACAGUGCUUGCACUCACAAGUCUUAGCCUUUGGAGGGAGAAACACUUUACACAGUACAUUCCCUUUGGUUUUAUUUAAACAACCUGUCUGUCGCCUUUACCUUGACCUCAGUUUUUCUUCACUUUUACUUCACUUUGUUUUAUCUUAACCAGUCACAACCUCCAUUGCUUCCAUUGCCACUCCUUUAUCUCUUGCAUCGCUGUGUCAACUUGAGAAAUAUAGUGGAACAAUAACAUGGAGUCAGGUCUGUGACCAUACUAAGGAACAGUCACACCAGAUUUUGCUUCCACUUCCUUUCUAUGUGGAAAUGGGCACAAAACAAAAGAGACCUGCCUUCUUUAAGUUCAAUCAGAUGUCACUAAAAUCUCAAGGCUGUCCAGUAUGCAGCAACUGUGAGAGAAAAUGUAGGACUGGCCUCUCAUUCGGGAAAUGCGGUUUGUUUAAAGGCUUGCCUUAUAACUGCACAGUAAAUAGUACAGACAGCAGAGAAGGAGGCUUGCUGUUUGGCUGCAGUGACAGUGAGCAUACUGACAGAGGUUAACAACAGUAAAAUGUCUAAUCAGAUGCUGUAUAAUGUACAUUGUAGAGUGCUGUUGUUAGCCCGCUAACCAUGCUAAUUCCCAUAGUUUGUUUACAACCAUAUCCACGCUAUCCUCUAUCCCUUCCUGCUUUAUGAUACAUCACAUGAGUGCAUUUCACCUGGCUAAUUGGGUCUGACAGCUGCUCCUCUCCAGUGUUGGAGCCCUACAGGGUCAGGUGCAGUGUGUUUGCAAAGCUGCAGCAGCUGGUUUACACCCUACCAUCCAUUCCAGUCUGUCCAGCUUUGGAAUCUUCACUUCAUUAUAAACACCCCUUUUAAUAAAGUACCAGCAUUCAGGGGUGGCUCACAUUAACUUUUUUAAUGAGUGUGAUAAAAUAUAUUGAAUUAUUUGAAUAAAAUUCAAUCGAAAUAAAAGAAAUUGAAUCAACUGA